AUGAGCGCACCGGCAGUCGUCGCAGCCGCCGCUGGCUACGUCGCCGUGUGCUUGGCUGCGUGGCUCCUCGGACGGUCUGGCGCGGGCCCGCCUCCAAAGCGCACGGUGGAGAUCGCGCGCGGUGUGCACAUGCCGCUGCUCGCCAAUGGCGUCGACACGGACCACCACGUAUGGCUCGAGGCUGGUGGACGGCACCUCGACACGGCCUUUUUGUACGGAGACUGGAAGCAGCGCGCGGUCGGUGCCGCGAUCGCGUCCAGCGGCCUGCCGCGUGGCGACGUCUUCCUCACGACCAAGGUGAUGUGCUGCCCGACGCUGCGCUGCGGUGGCGUGUGCGAGGGCGGUACCACCGCUCCCGUCGCCGUGAACGCCGCGACGUACCGCAACGUGACUGCCCAGCUCGAGCACAGCCUCUCCGUGCUCGGCCUGCCUUCGGUCGACCUGCUGCUCCUCCACUUCCCGUGCGCGCGCUGGGCUGACACGGCCGCGGCGUGGCGCGCGCUCGAGAGGGCGCACGCCGCCGGCCACGCGCGCGCGAUCGGUGUGUCAAACUUCAACGCCAGCCUGCUCCGCCGUCUCGUCAAGAUCGCCGCCAUCCAGCCGGCCGUCAACCAAGUCGGCUUCUCGAUCGCGGGCCACCCGGCGGAGCACGGCGGCGAGAAUGCGACCCGCUACGGCUGCCUCGAGGGCUCGCGUCUGUACGGCGCGGACGACGCCACGCUCCGCCUCGCCACCGCGCGUGGCAUCACGACACAGGCCUACUCCCCGCUCGGGGCGAUUAGCAAUGUCGACGUGCUCGGCCGGCGGGAGGUGCAGAGGGUGGCGGCUGCGCACAGCCGCGAGGGCGGCGCGCGCAACUGGACGGCGGCGCAGGUCGCCUUUGCGUGGUUGCUGCAGCAGGGUAUGGGCGCCGUGACUGCGACGACCGACGCGAGACACGCGGCAGAGGCGCUCGAUGCGGCGGAGCUCCGCCUCACGCGCAGGGAAAUGAGGUCCCUCAGCAGGCUCAGGUAA